GCAGUCAAAAUAAUAAAUAAACAUCUAGUUAAAUUAACUGUGUGUGAUGUAUUUUAUACUACUUCAAAUAUAUAUAGUGCAAAAGGUUUUAUCAUAAACAUGAAGUUGUAUUUAAUUUUUAUUCUAUGAGAUUUUUAUAAGCUAUUUUUGAUUAGAUAUCCGCUUAUUCUUUACUGUGUUAUUAAUUAUAAAAAUGGAGCAGAUUUAUUAUAUUCAGAAGAAACAAAAAAAGGGAUUUAUGUCGAAUUCAGAUGUAAUAACUAAAAAUCCAACUCUGUGUUGUUUAUCUAGUGGAAAUAUUUUGGCAUUCACAACAAUAACAGAACUAGAUGAUAAUUCCUCUGGAACUUGGGGAUCUCAUGUCUAUGUUUGCGAUAUUAAUACCCCAUGGUUCAGUCACAAAGUUUAUUCUUCUAAAUAUCACAUAACAGCCCUAGAAUGGGAUAUUCCUGGAAGUUUGUUAUUAGUUGCAGAUUCUGCUGGCAAUGUAAAUAUAUAUUGUUCCAAAAAUAAUCUUCUAAAUGAAUGGACAAUGCAAUACACUGUACAAUUUCCUGGAGAACACAUCAUUAAAGCUGCAUUUUUUCAUAAUGGACGCAAGGUCGGUCUGAGUCAGGAGAAAAAAGAUCAGAUAUUGUACUCAGAAAAGUUUCAGCACAUAAGGUUUGCACCAAGUGUUAAGAAAUUCGGUUCUGUACCAGCUGAAGGCGCAAUUAUAGUUUCAAUCACAGGUAUGUUGGGUGCAUUAUUAAUUCCAUCAGAUUUUAGUCAGUUGCAAUCUAUACAAAAUGUCAGUUCCAAUGCAAAUACUCAGCAUAAUAGUACUGAGAAACAACCACCUUAUUUAGUUCCUACAGCAUGUGAGAGCCUAGGGCCUACCAGAGCUCAUAUUAAAACAGUAGAUAUAUGUUAUGGAAAGAAUGGUCAUUUUCUAAUAGCUGUUUCAAGUGGAACUGUGUCAUUACCAAUACAAUGUUAUAGGGUAUCUAUUAAGAAAAUAGAAGAGAAAGUAUCAAUAACAUCUCAGGCCUUACCUAGUUUUUUCCUACGGGAUAGCAUUAUAAAAGAUACUAAUACUUUUACAGUUGUUAAACUAUGUUGGGUAUCAAGAGAAGAUGCAGAUUCUCUUAUUGUUGCAUCAUCUAACAGUGCAGGAUGUCUAAUAGAAGUAUGGGGACUUCUUGAGAAGUCACAAAACAUUCAUAAAGUAUUUCAGAGUAAUAAAGGUUUAAAUGAUGUUUAUAAAACAGUUUUGUGGCAACAUCAAGCACAAUAUCGUAGUUCAGCGCAAAUUGUUUCAAUUACCACAAACAAGUUACAAAUUAAUCCUACAUCAAAUGCGCCUAAUUAUAUAAUGGUGGGAUUUAAAGAUAACACUAUUCACUGUUUAUAUCGAGAUAGUUUGAAGCCUGUGUCAAGUAUUUCAUUGAAUCAGGCUUUUAGGAGACUUGAUGAACCGCCUGGCAAAAUGCAAAAGUUGGAGCCAACUUUAUCACAUAUCGAUAUGUCUUGGCUAGGCAACGUUAUGAUAGCUAUAGAUACUGAGGGUCACAUAUAUUUAUACAGAAUAAUGCCACUCAAUGAGCCUGGCAAUACAAUGUCCGUGUAUUAUGCUACAACAUUGUUAGAAUAUUGUAUAACAACUGGGUUUGACUGGUUGGAUUUACUUCUAUGCCUUAAAACAUCAAGCAUAGAUGCUAUUUGUGACAGAUUAUCGGAUAUUUUUAAUAGGCAACCUGCAUGUGUUCAACAAUAUCAUUAUGUCCAGCAUCUUUGUGUAAAAACUAGUUUAUAUAGAUUGACUAUGAUGGGUCAAUCUAAAGCUCAAGAUUUGUCAAAUCUUUUGAUGGUACAUUCUAUUUCUACGGCUUUUAAAAGUUUAUUACGACCAUCUGAUAUAAAUGCUCAUGAGAAAGGCCCUGCAGAAAAACUGGCCCAUGAAAUAUCAGAAAAUAAUACUACAGACGUUGAUAAAGUUCUAAUUCACCUUGAUCCUAAAAUGUUCACUGUGGAACCAAGCACUUUGCAGUCCCUACAAAGUAUCAUACAAUGGGUAGCAGAUUUGUCUUUGAAUAUUUUAGCAAGGGUACCAGAAACUCGAAGUCAUAAUAAUAUGAGAAGCACAGGAUAUGACAUAUCAAAAGAUAUGAAAGCAUUAACUAUGUUGCAAGAAUUAAUAGUUAUUAUAAGAAUCUGGGGAGUCUUGAUUCCAAACUGUCUUCCUACAUUUACUUCUUCACAAACAAGUAUAGAAAUAGUACCAUUGAUAUUUAAAUUAUUAACCAAAUUAAGCCAAAAUCCUUUGGAACCAGAUGAUGCUUUAAUAGAUGACUGUUGCUUAUUGCCAAGUCAAGUUCUCAUACCACAGAUGCAACAAGCUUAUCCACAAAUUUGUAUAGCAUCACCUGCUCUAGUUUAUCAGAAUUUCCCAAUACAAUUAGAGUAUGGAGUAGAGCCAGAAGGUUUAUUAUUUACUCCUGAAGUAAAUACUGUAGAAGGAGAUGUUUAUAGUGAUCGGUGUGUGGAUUCUAUAAGACAUUUACAUUUAGGUAAAAAUCCUAUGUCUAUAAAAAAAUGCACUAGGUGCAAUGCAAGCAGUAGCAUUAUUCCUGGUGCAAGAUCAACAGCUAUGAAAUCCUGGGAGCAGAGGUGGAGCAAAAGUUGUUGUUGUGGGGGCUAUUGGUCAGUUAAUAAUCCAGUCUGAUUAUAAUUAUAAACUAUUCUCAGUACAUUAAGUUUUUGGUGAAAACAUUAUUAUAUAGAGAAAUAUUUAUUAUGUUUAUAUAAAGUAUACAUCUGUAUAUAAACUAUAAAUCUUUUCAAUUAUAACAUAACUAUUUGAAUUGACUAAAUA